GCGGGUCUCGGGGAAGUGGCAGCCGGCGACCGAACGAGCGAAGGCGGCGGCCGCGAGCGGGGAAAACUGCAAAAAUGUCUCUGUAUCCAUCCCUUGAAGACUUGAAGGUAGACAAAGUGAUUCAGGCUCAAACCGCAUUUUCUGCAAACCCUGCCAACCCAGCAAUUUUGUCUGAAGCUUCUGCUCCGAUCCCUCAGGAUGGAAGUCUCUAUCCUAAGCUGUAUCCGGAGCUCUCUCAGUACAUGGGUCUGAGUUUAAAUGAAGAAGAAAUUCAUGCAAACAUGGUCCUGGUCUCUGGAGCACCAGCUCAGGGGCAAAUGAUAGCAAGACCUUCCAGUAUGAACUACAUGGUGGCUCCUGUAACUGGUAAUGACGUUGGAAUUCGUAGAGCAGAAAUUAAGCAAGGAAUUCGUGAGAUCAUUUUGUGUAAGGAUCAAGAUGGGAAAAUUGGACUCAGGCUUAAAUCAGUAGACAAUGGUAUAUUUGUUCAGCUAGUCCAGGCAAAUUCUCCAGCCUCUUUGGCUGGCCUGAGAUUUGGGGACCAAGUACUUCAGAUCAAUGGGGAAAACUGUGCAGGUUGGAGUUCUGAUAAAGCCCACAAGGUGCUCAAACAGGCUUCUGGGGAGAAGAUUACUAUGACUAUUCGUGACAGGCCCUUUGAACGGACCAUCACCAUGCAUAAGGACAGUACUGGUCAUGUUGGGUUUAUCUUUAAGAAUGGAAAGAUAACAUCCAUAGUGAAAGACAGUUCUGCAGCUAGAAAUGGUCUUCUCACCGAACAUAGUAUCUGUGAAAUCAAUGGACAGAAUGUCAUUGGAUUGAAGGAUUCUCAGAUUGCAGAUAUCUUGUCAACAUCUGGGACUGUCAUCACUAUCACAAUCAUGCCUGCUUUUAUCUUUGAACAUAUUAUUAAACGGAUGGCACCAAGCAUUAUGAAAAGCCUGAUGGACCACACCAUUCCUGAGGUUUAAAAGAAAAGGCACAGCGGAAAAUUUGCCACAAUUACUUCAGUUUACUCCUUGGGCAACUUCGCUAUUAUGCACACGAAGCUUUCUAGAAGCCAGAGAGCAUAUGCUGCAUGGGGACCUUCCUGUCUUACAUGAUGGCUGGGAAUCUUCAUGUUUGAUCUCAUAUCUUGUUCAGAAUUCAAGAUAGUUGUAGCCUUAUCCUGGUUUAACAAAUGUGAAACUUUGCAGACUUACCGACUUUGAUAGAAUAGUUUGUCGACCAGACACCUGGUGUUUUUACAAGCCAUUAUGAUUAGUGUGACUGAUACAGACUUAGCUUUGUGUUAGAACUUGUCACUUUUAUCCUAGUUAUGAAGGAAUGCUACUCAUCUUUCUUUAAUACUAUCGCAUAGUUGCCUUUUUACUGUUACUAUAGCACAUUCAGAAUAAUUCCCUUGGAUGGAUUUUUCUUCUUCUGUGUGAGUGUACAAAACCUCAAGUCACACUGGUUCCAUCCCACGUAAGCAUUACACAGGCUGAUGGUGUGUUUUUAUCACCAUUAAAUCUGAACUACUUUCACUUAAUACGCUUGAACUGCUGCCUUAAGCAUCUAGAGUAAAAGCCAAAAUGUAAUUAUCGCUGCCUUUCUAAAGCCCAAGAUGCAGUUCUGUUUUAAACUGAAGUUGGCACUAGCCCAGGACAUGUCAUGGUACAUACUGAGCCGCUGCAUAGCUGCAUAGUUGCUUUUGAGAUUUUUCUAGUCGUCGUUUCAUGGAAACUUCUGCAAGUUGCCAGUAUCGCUUUCUGAGGAAUCAAUCAUUAUAUAUUUAAUGUAAAAAAUUCUUAUACUAGCUAGGAGGACCUUUUGAAUUCCUUUUAUCAUUUGUAGACUCUGUAGACUUAUAAUCUAACCUUGGCAUUUUAUUCUUAAUAUGUAACUUAGCUACCCUGGAUCUUAGAAUUGCUUUCUCGGCAAUUUAUUCCAUUUCCUGAUCACUUCCUCACCCCGCAAACAAAUGACAGUGACACUUUAUUCUUAUACGUUCUUUGUUUUGGGUUUUUUUUUGCCCAGUCUAUUUUAAUUAAAUGUAUAAAUAAAAAAAUUUGUGGUGUUCUUGCCAUCAUUUGGAAACUGUGGAAGCUUUAAUCCGAGACUACGUAAUGCUUAAUUGACAAAACUGAAGGAAAAUUCUAUGAUCACAUUACUCUGAUGUUAAGUUUUAGCCCAUGCCACACUGCCUUAGGAGAUGUAUAAAACACAAGGACUGUCAUUUGGAAGUUUCAUAGGAAAGAAAAUUGCUUUUAUUUUUUUUAAA